GGAGCGCGCGCUCGUAUGUAAAUGAGCGGGCGUGAGGUCAGAGGCAGAUGGAAAAGGGAACAGAAGGAAUGGCCGCCGCGGCUCCCGCUCCUCCUGCCGCCGCCUCCCAGUGCCGGAGCCCCCGCUGCACGGCGGAGCGAAGGGGAGUCCGCCGAGAACUCGACUCCUGGCGGCACCGGCUCAUGCACUGUGUGGGUUUUGAAAGUAUUUUAGAAGGGCUUUAUGGACCAAGGCUACGAAGAGACCUCAGUUUAUUUGAAGACUGUGAGCCAGAAGAGCUAACUGACUGGUCUAUGGAUGAGAAAUGUUCCUUUUGUAAUUUACACAAAGAAACAGCCAGUGAUCGUGCAUCAGUUUUCGGUUCUUCACAGUCAACGCCUACAGAGGAACUGUCAUCUCAGGGCCAGUCCAACACUGAUAAGAUUGAAUGCCAAGCAGAAAACUAUCUAAAUGCACUCUUUCGAAAGAAAGAUCUUCCUCAGAACUGUGAUCCUAACAUUCCCCUAGUUGCUCAGGAAUUAAUGAAAAAAAUGAUCCGUCAGUUUGCGAUUGAGUACAUUUCAAAAAGUAGCAAAAUUCAAGAGAACAGAAAUGGUUCAUCAUUUGAACCAAGUCUGAUGUGUAAAAGUAUCCAAAUGAACCAAACGGAAAACUCCCUUCAGGAAGAACAGGAUAGCCCUCUAGACCUCACUGUGAAUCGAACUCAAGAACAGAAUACUCAGCAAGGGGAUGGAGUGCUAGAUCUCUCUACAAAGAAAAGCGCAAGGUUGGAAGAACCAAAAUAUGAUCCCUUGUGUUCUGAAAACUCAGUGUCUGGUUCAAGCUCAACAGCUGAUGCAAAUUCAGAGGAAACAGCUAAUUUGGAAAAAGGAAAAUCAACAUUAAACAAAGUUUUGGAGUCUUUUUGUUCAUAUCACUGGCAACAGACUUUGGCUAUGUUAAAAUUCCUAUUACAGGAUGAAAAUGUUUCUAUAGUUUGCAGUUGCAAGCAAACACAUUUGGUCCACUCUGAAACUCCCAGUUCCCUUACUGAAGAGGACGUUCACGUUCCAUUUUGCAGUUGCAAUGGACACAUGCUGACAAAAAGGUGCUGUUUACAAAAUCAAAGGCCAAACACUUGUUUACCACCUCUGUCUGUUUGUAUUAAAGAUUUCCAUUCUUUGUCAUGCCAAGCUGUAGCAAUUGGAUGUAUUAAGACAAUGGUGAACAAAGCAUGUAGUUCUCCUAAGUAUUGUGCUGAGCAGUUGCAAAAUUAUAACAGGCAUUCUGUGAAAGCAGCAGCAUGUACAUACUCAGCUAAGGACUGUGACCUCUUAAGCAGCAUUAAAAAUUCAAACAGAUCUCGCAGUCCAUCGCCACCUCCACUAUCACCUGUACACAGUAAAGAAUUUGAAUUGUCAGAAGGAAUGGUUAUGGACUUUCCAACUUUAGACAACAACAAGCUUGAAAUAUCCAUCAACCAGCCUCCAUCCCUCUUGCCAGCUGAAGGAAGCAAAGGAGAGUUUGAGUAUAAGGGUAAAACAUGCGAAGGAAAAGAGAUUGAUUAUUCAGAUGGAGCACUGGGAUCAGCAGACCAGGAAAGCAAUGAUGGUUAUAUGAACUCUGAGAAAGGUGAACAUUCUGCAAUUUUUCAAGAUUUAAUGGACCGCAUUAAUGAGAAGUUGAAAUCAAUAGACACUACAGAUCUAGCCACAAAUCUUGUAAAACUUUCUAGCAGUGACAGGGCACCAGAAAAUGAUGUCAAAUUAGGAGACUUCAUAACUUCUCUUUUGCAUAAUGCUAAGGCAAGUGAUUACAGCUUUAUGGAAUUACUUCGUCAACAUGAUAAACAAGUGGAAAAUAAAAUUAUUCAGACAAGAUUUCGCAAGCGUCAGGAAACUUUAUUUGCAACGUAUAAUUCUCCUGACUCACCAGUCAUUCGACGACAGUCCUUGCAAAUCAAGAGGGAGCUUGCAAGCCUUGAUGAAACUCUUGUACGAAAAAAGUCAAUUUCUGAGAGAAAUGCAAAGAGAUCUACAAAAAAAAUUGAUAAAAUGCAUCCAAGUAAAAGACAUAGUUUUACUGUAAUAGGAGAUGAGACUUUGCAACAUCUUGAAAGUAAUCCAUGCACGAAUUGCCAAACCAAACCAAUGUGCUUUCCAGUACACCAAACAGAGUCUUUCAAUCUACCUCUUACUAAUUUUCAGACCAGCUCCAGCUUUUUAGUUCUUUCAGAAAACAGUGCUAUUGCAGCCAGCCAAGCAAAACUCCCAAAUACACAAGGAGAUUGUGCAACCUUAAAAGAGACUGGUCAGAUUCCUCUGAAGGAUGAGAGUAAUGAAAUCUUGGGUAGAACUAAACGUAACAUUGUGCCUCCUGGGUGGUACUCUGUGUAUGUAACAAACAAUAUCAUGUUUAGAAAGUCAUCCAGUACAAAAAAGUCCUUGAAAAGUUUGGAAAAAAUGAGAAUAAAUAAAAAUCUUCAUGCUGAAAGAUGCAGUGACAUAAAUAUAAGCAAAAUUGUAAGAGACACAAAUCUGCAAGUUGUUGUGGAGCGUUUAGAAGAUACAAUAAACUUAUCCAGGAAGACUAGCAACUCAUUGUUGGAUAGUUACAAAAUGAGCCAAAAAUUAAAAGGCAAUGCUUAUGAACAGGUUAUGAACUCAGCUCCUAGAAGGGGCUUACCUUUCACUCUGAGCGAAAUGGGAUGCACAGGACAAACCUUCCUUCCACAUUCACAUGUGCCAAGCAGCAGUAAAAUCAAAGCAAUUUGUGUUGCAUCAAACACGCAAGAAACUGUUAUAGAUCAAGAAAUUAAUGACGGCCUUUUGAAAUCUCUGACCUUUAACUCAAGCAGUUCAGCUUCCGGUAGCGGGGACUUGCAUGUAACUUCUGAAGCCGGGGAGAUCCCGUCUCCCUUAAACUACUCUAGCCCUAUUAAGCUUAUGUUUGUCUCAGAAGUUAACAGUCAUGAAGGAGUCAAGUACACGUUGACAUCUGCAGCUGCAUCUACUAAGGGAAGCACAGAUCUUUGUUUGUUUCAGGGGCACACAAACGCUUUGUUAGAUAAACAGGCCACAGGUGACCUUUCACAAGCAGUCUGUGUCAAGGGUUGUGAUUGCAGUGAAAAUGAUACUAAGGAGAGGUCAAGCUGCGUUUAUGCAGAAGCUCUUACAAGCUCUUGUCCAGUUGGUCAAAUUAACAUAAAUGACUCAAAAAAAAAUGAUGAAGUUGUGGAGAAAUCAAGCAGUAGCAGUGAAUUAGUUUUCAAAAGAAAACCUGGUAGACCAAAGAAAAUAGGUCCUCAAGUAGUUAAGCAGGUUAAGAGACCAAUUGGACGGCCUCCUAAACCAAAAGUAGACAUGAGUGGAAGCACAAAACCUAAACCUGAACUUAGCUGUGGUGGUAAAAGCCUCAAGUCUGAUGCAGCAGCAAUGGAAGAAGUUAACAGCAACAAAAAUAUUACUGUGACAGUUGUUUUUGGAAGGUCAAGAAGAACUAAGAGACAUGUUUCUGAAGGUAAUCUAAAUCUCAUCAGCAUUCUGCCCACACAACGCAUUGAUUCUAAUUUUGCCAAUGAUCCCAGCAAAGCAAGGCACAAUGCAGAAACUGGAAGUGCUUUGACUGAAACAGUAAAAGCCUUCCAGAAUCCUUCUGCUGAAAAGGAGGUCUCUGGUUAUGACUAUGUCAGGCCUAUCAAGGGUAAUCUGGCAUCACCACAUCCUUGCAGCAAUGUUAUACGGCAGAUUAAGAAACCAUUAACCACUGUUCGAAAACCUGGCAGGCCAGCAAAAGUAAAAAUUUCCGGCAUAUCAGUGACUGUCAGUAGACUUUCACCUCAGGAAAGAAAAGUGAGCAUCAGCAAUAGUUUGCCUCCUUUACAACAGCAGAAUGUGUUAGAGAAAAGCACAUCACAGGAAAGAAAAAAUCAACUGUGCAAUAAUAUGGGUCAAGUAAAGAACAUGCAGAAAGAUUCUAGAGAGGAUGGAUCACACAGUGUUACUACAGCAGUGUCAAGAAAACGUGAAAUUCCAUCGAGACACUCUGCUAGAGACAGAAAACCUUCACUGCAUUUUUUGCAUUCACUAGCAUCUUCUAGUCCAUUCACUUGUAGAAGUGCCUUACUACAUAAAUCUUACAAGCUUCAUUUGAAAAAAGCUAAAGAGCGAAAGGAAAAACUUACACAAUCAAGUCAGUGCACAGCAUCCAGGGAUACCUCAGAACAGAGAAAUCCAGGAAAUGCUAAAAAGGAUCUUAAGGAUGGUGGAUUCGGGCCCAUUAAUGAGGUAUCAUCAGAUCCCAUUUUUUCGUCAAAUCCCUCUCUCAGGUGGUGGCCUACUUCCACUUCAAGCGACACCUUGUUGGAAGAACUAAACAAUAGAUUUGAACAGAUGACUAAUACUUGGUUGAGAGUGGGGGGAAGUGAGUUUGACAAAUGUGUAUGUGAAAAAAGAGAUCCCAUUGAACGAGACUGUAAUACUGAAAUGUCGGACCCUUUAGACUCCUGCCUUGUAGGACUUGAAACAUCACCUAUAAAAAUGCUUUUCCAGAAAAAGUGUAAUAUGAAUGAACUCUGCACCUGGUUUAUGCAAACUACAGAAACGCAGUCUCUCUCUCUUGUGAGAAAGGCAAAUGCUCGCAAUCCCUUAGAAGUAGUUAGUACUAAAGAGAUAAAGAUGGAAACUAAACAAUCUGAUCCUAGCACUUGCCCUUUCAGAAAGCACUUUAAAAAGUUUGCACUAUCCUCCCCUUCAAAACCAGCAGGGAAAUUGCAAAUAUUACAUAAUAUGGUGAGGUCUCCAGUCUUAAGCAUGAAAAGUAAUUUCACUUUAGCCAGAUUAAAAAGAAAUGAAUUUAAGAAGUUGCAGCGUGAUAGGUGGGAACAAACAAAAAAGCUCUAUAAUCAGGCUCCUGGAGGCUGGAAAUCAAAAAAGAAAAAUCUGCAGUUGUUUUGCCAAAGCCAAUUGUUUAAGAGUACGAGUGGGGGAGCCAAUGAUGAAACACCCAAGCUGCAGGAGAAAAAUGCAGUAGAAAUCCAGCCCACUCAGACUUUGGUAGAGUCUCAGAAUAGCCUCUUGCCAACUGAAAAUGAAACCAGAGAUGCAUUUGUUGAACAGAUGAUGGGAUUGUCUGACUUUAACCCACAUCCUGGUUUAGCAAAUAUACUUAAGUCACAUUCAGAGGCAAAUGGAACAAUUCAUUGCCAGCAAAAUGUUAGAAAAGAACAAAAUCAAGAUAAACUGUUUCAAAAUACUUGGAAAGCCAAAACCUUUAAAGACUGUAGGAUAUUUCUGAGAAAAAUCAACCAUAUUGAGCAGCACAAUUCACUUAAAUUAAAUAAUGUCAUUUAUUCUCCUGAAGCUGUCGACAGUAAAAGCACUCAGGCCUAUAUGGAAGAAAAAAGACAUCCUCUUUUAAGGUCCCAUUCUACUAAACAAAAUACAUUAAAGAAACAAGAAAAUGAAGUGGAAACAUCUAAAGGAUCUAAUUCUUCUAAAGUGAUUGAAAAGCUGGAUGGCCAGUUUCACAGCAGAAAAUUAAGUAGUGGUGUAAACCAGGACGAUAAUCCUGCUGGUAGUUCUGAAGGUCUUACUAGAAUAAACAAAAGGAAAAGUCCACAAUGGGAGACCACUGACACAAAUUUAAGAAAAAGGCAUAAGAGACAGUCAUGCAGUAGUGGACAAAUGGCACCUUAUUACCCAAAGUACCAAGUAGGUAAGUUCUUGUUCCCCACUUCAUCUUAAAAUUGAAAUCCUAAAGAAUUGGAGAAGUCAAACAACUAAGCACUUUUUUGUUUAUUGCAUGUUACUCAUUUUAAUUUCAGACAAGUCAUGAAAUCAAACAUUGCAUAACAUCAGAAUAAUUCAGAAAGUGCAAUUUUAAAAUGUUUAUAAUGUUUUGCACCACUCUUUCAGCUCUGAUAAGCUAACCAAUAUAGUUUAGAAAGACAAGAAGUCAAGUUCUGGCAUUGUGAAGUCAGUCACAACUGGCUGUUGACUUCAAAGGACUUUCAUUCCAUUGUGUAGUUUCUCAUAGUGUGAGGAGGAAUAAGCUAUAAAAUAAAGCAUAAAUUCAGUGCAUUAGCAUAUAGCUGGUUUUAAAAAACUCAUUGGAUGAUUGCUGUUACAAAUCUGUAAUAGUUUUGUAAUUUUACAGUAAAAUAUAGUAUUUUGUACUUCUGAAAAUUAUUCAGUCGGAGACUCAGUUUAGUAUCCUUUCCAUGCCAAAUGAAAUCUGCUGACUAAGGGGUUUGCACAUUGAAUCCUUACACAGCAAUUUAAAAUGCAAAAUUAUUUUUCACAAGAACAAUAUACAGUUACUCUGCUAAAUACUUUGGCUUGGAAUCUUUUUAGGCUAGUGUGAAAUUAAAUAUUUUUUUUAAGAUAGAUAUUUAUACAUACAUUGUAAUAAAACUGUGAUCUCAAAAAGGCCAUUAUAUUACGUAGAAAGAGGACAUAUUUCUUAAUUAUUUCAUAAUUAUUUCUUCUGAUGGGUGAAGAGAUAUCCUUAAACAGAAGUCUUAACUCAUUUCAACAAAAUUACUAAGGUGUGAAAUCCUCGCCAAGUAAAAUGCAACUCCUGCAAUGUGAUUUAAGUUACUGUCUUUGUAGAAACAAUAUUGUAUUAGCUAAUCUGAUAUAUUGGCCAAAUAUAAAAACCUUAUUCAAAAUAUCAGGUCAAAAUUUUAGGUUCUCCUUUGUAGUCUAUCUUUUAGAAAAGGAUCUCUGAUAAUAAAUGGAAAGGUUAAUUUAAGUUGUAAUAUAAACAAUAUAAUGGCUCUUGUAUGCUUCAUUUCUUUUGUACUUCAUGUGAUAUAUAGAAUUCUUCUUAUUAAGCUCAUUCAGUAUAACCCUGCUUUUUCCAAAGUACAGCAUUUUCUAAUCUAUGGACUACUCUUUUGUAUUUUGAUUCAUUGAUCUAGGGCCAAGCUCAACAUAAAUAACUUGUUUUUAAGAAGUUCAAACUUUGACACAAAAUUGCUGUAAAAAAAACAAACUAGGAAAGGAGAGGAUAGAAUAUACCCAUUUCUAUAUUACAAACAAAGAAAGAGCUCUCUCAUACUUGUAACUCGUUGAGAAAAUGUUACAUUCCAAUUCUAUUUAUCUGUAAAUGUUUUGUUUCUAUGUAAUGCAAGACCUAUUACUGUGAUAUGGUCUCAUGUUAGUUUUAAUUGGGACUCAAUUUUAUCUACCUGAUAACUUUCAUCCUUUAGUUUUGGAUUUUCAGGAAAUCUGAUAACUAUUUUGAUAUUUUACAUUACUUCAUUUGCAGUUUUUGUUAUUUUCCCUUUUACUCAUGGUUUCUCAUAUCAGUCAUUGUCUUCAGAAAAGCUACGAUAGGAAAUUAUUUGAUAAAGGAAAUGUUAAAAGACAAAGAAUGAUGAUUCUGGAAUUGUCUCCACACUUGUAACCCCACAUCUUUCUUAGGGGUACUAUUGCACUAUCAGAGGAUUGUCUGAUAUUGGAAGGAUGUCUUGUUUUGCUGUGUUGAUUCAACAUUGUGUACUUUCUGCACCAGCCAAGGAAAUCAUACAAAUAUUUUUAGUCUAAUAUAGCUACUCCCUAAAAAGAAGCAACAUGAUUUCUAGCUGUGCAUGCAUGUGACUCCAAACCUAAUUCCUGCAUCUGGGAGUUAAAUGCACAUGAAAACAUCAUCUUUCGUUCAUAUGUUCUUUGGAUUGUAUUUUUGUUUAUGUGGUAUCAUAAAUUAUAUCAUUGUUCUGUUGUCAUGCUUGAAAUGUUGCUAUAGACACAUUUAUGGUCAGUAUUUGAAGUUUUUCUUAAACUUGGGGUCUUACCAAAUGUUCUUCAAGAGAGAGAUGUGAUGCUGUCUUAUUGUGAAACAAUGUGGCAGGUGGGCAGAAUGUUGUUACCAAAUUUUUUAUGUACUCUUGGUUUUUUCAUUAGCAUGUGCAAGCAGGAAUAAACAAUUGAAUUCUUACAGCUCGAGGUAGUGUCCAUCAACCAGAACUAGCCAUGCACUCAUUGCAGCAGCAGAAAAGAGUUAAUUGUGUUUUCUCAUUGCCUGUUGUAUUCAAGAUAAGGUGGCUGGUAGAUACAUGGGUCCAUUUGAUGUUUGUUUACACUUCUGAACUGUUGCUUCCACAAAGCAUUUGAUGUGUUGAGGGGCAGUUCCCUUUUACUCUAAAUCCAUCUUCUGGCAAUUGUCAUUUCUUUAGUAACACUGAAAUGCUAUUAUUCUCCAUUGUGCAAAGAAAAUUACAUAAGCAUGUUUUUAGGAAAGCAUUUGUUUUCUUUUCACAAGAAUAAUUCACUUGUAACACUGAAGGUCACAUUAACAUGCUUUGGACUUGGGCAAAAGGUUUCAAGGAAGCCAAGCUAAAAUACAAAAAACUAGUAAUCCAACAAUAAAACUGGAAUAUGUUAUAUACUCCAUUUUACAAUCUUACAAUGUACUGAGUAUUUUAAAAAUCUGCUUCAGAGGGUGUGAACUUCAUACAGAUAGGAAAGAGACUGUGAACCUUCUACAGUAGCAGGCAGGGCUGACAUCACAGACCUAUGCUCUUGCCCUUCAUAUCAGGGUAGGAAUUUGUAUUCAAAAGCUUUUAAAAAUUGAUUUCUAUCACUUAAAGUUAGGAUAUUUUCAUCUAACACGAACUUUUUAAUUUUCACCCUUAUAUUUUCAUUUUUCUUCAAGUGGUCUGGAGUUUUAGAACAGAUCUAUUGGUUUUGUCAGCAGAGAAUAUGACUUUUCAAUUUUAAUUUUUUAUUAUGUUUGAAUAUGGUUUUUAUAUUCUACCUUAAUGAAAUCAAGUUUGUGCAGUACUUGAAAAGAGAAUUUGCUAAUUUUUGUGGUCAUUUCAAAGUUGGCUGCAAGAGUGAAGAAUCAUAACUAUGAAAACUUUGGUGUUGUGAGUCUAAUUGGUCUCUUCAUUUGUGCACAUAAAAUAACAUCUGUAUUAAUAUUACAGACAAACAUUUUCUUAACUUCCAUUACUAUAAGUUUAAGUUACUUAGUUACUUUAAGUAACUUUAAGUAACCAAGUAACUUCAAGUAUACUUUAAGUUACAGUAUAAGUUACUAUAAGCAAAAAAAUUGGGAGAUUUUUGUGAAGCUUUUUUUACACAUCUGUGUUAGAAUGGCUUUAAUAUUCCAGUAUUGUUGCUUAUUUGUCUCAUAGUGCAAUCCAGUGAUAAUAAAGCUACAAAUGGGGAUCACUUCCUUUCUACUGUGAAUGACCUAGUGACAGACAAGAUUGGUUUUAGCAGGUUGUUCAGCUUUCAUGAAUGAACACAUUUUACACUCCUAAUGAGUGACAAAUUUAAAAUAUUGGGUUAGGAAAAGUGCAGAGGAGACAGAGUAACAGUCAUCAAAUCUGUUGUUUUUAAGAAGACUCUUUUCACAAAGGCUUUUCAUCAGAGGGUUACUUGGCUCUAAAAUAAAUUUCACCUGUGAUGCAGAGUAAGCAGAAAGAAAUUUGCAUACCUGUAGUUGCCAGCCAAGAAGUUACCUUUUCACAGGCAGACAUAAACCAAGGAGCAUUAAUAGAAAUACAAGAAGAAUAUGAGAUGAAUGACUGUUCACAGUAAGUGGGCCAUUUUUAAUGCAGAAGUGUAAAAGCAGAAAGGUACACUUGAUAUAUAGAUGUCUGUACAUGUGUAGUAAAUCCUUCCUCAUGUAAUGAACUUAAUGGAGUCUGCCUCAUUCCCCAUGAUGGAACAGCACAGCUCCCAUGCCACAGUCUAAUGCUCCAUUUUGGUUUACACUCUGGGAUUCUACUUGCCAAAUUACAUACUCUUCAUUCCUUUUCUUUUUCUCUCAUCAGGUGAGAUCUAGUGUGGGGUGUGUAGGGUUUGGGUGCUGUUCAGUUUUAUUUAAACUGUGGUUAUUUGCAUAUUGCCUUAGAGUAUGCUGAUACUCAUCUUCUUUUGAGGGUUCUGAGCUAAGGAUUUUUACUCUUGCUUCUUUGAAUAAUGGACUUUUUUAAAGAACUUGGCUCUGAGGUCUUCAAAUUUCUUUACCUGCUAGGAUAUGUAGUUUUCUGUAGCUUAGUACCAUGAUCAUUAAGCCUUUGUGUAGGAUUCAUAUACCCAGUUUUAUACCUAAGCUGGGGUGAUUUUUUCAUCAUUUUAUUCAGUAUUUUUUAACUGUCUGGUUUUAAUUUUACCUCUUCAAAAACUGAGAAACUCUUAGUCAUAUUUUCCUAUUUGUCCUUGGUCCUAAAGAAAUGGCUAGAUUUUUCAGCUUUCUUUGGGGAACUGGUAAUACUAAAUAAAUAUAGACAAUCUUCUGUCUUUCUUUGAAAGCCUUUUACUAGAAGAGAAAAUAGCAGUUUUCCAAGGCCUGCACAGUGCUUUUGAAAAUCUGACAAGUACAUAUCUUUUUUAAAAUCCUCUCUUCUGUUGAGAGUUCAUGGCCUUAAAGCAGAGCUUCUGUUGCUGUUAGAUAGAAAAGGAGGGAAAUCAAUCAACAGAGCCUGUGAAGAGGUAACCUGUAAAUUAAGUAUUCAUGUAGUCUGACCAUGACCAGAGCAGAUUAAUUUUGCUGAGACAAUUCCACAUUUUGGUGUUGAAAAUAGUUCAAGAGAGAUGCUGUAAUUCAUAGAGGCCUGUGUACUGUCCCUUAGUUUGCAUUUCUCUAUUGUUGAUAUGCUAAAGCUAGUGCUGCUUUUCUGUUUUCACCACAUCUUUGGGAAGUGUCUUACACAGAAUCUUCAGUUAAUUACAUUCAAAAAGUGCAGAUUGUGGUUCCAGAGUCGAGGGGGGAAAUGUAAAAUGGUGUGACAUGAGUGGGUUGUUGUUUGCAUGUAUUCUUGGGUAGCUUUUGCUUUCCUAAUUCAUCUUUCCCUUCUCAAAGGAUAGUUUUAGUCAGACCCCUGAUGGUUUUAAAUCUUUUUCAGACUUUUAACCCAAAUAAAAUGCCUCAUUUAUUCACAGUUCAUCCUUUUGCUUGUGGUGUCCUUUAAUUUUGCUAUAAUUGUAUAGUUGUGCCUUAAAGAUAUUGUUCAAACAAUCUUUGAGACUAAUAGAAAUGUUUUUGUUAUUUGGUAACUGGAUAUUAAUUUAGUAGAAAUAGUAAUUUUACCAUAUUUUGAGGACAGCAUUUCCUUAUCAAAAGCCUUUUUUCUCUCCAAUGUUUCCUAUGGUCAACAUGGAAAAGAAAGGCUCUCUAAAAUGUCCUUGAAUCUUGGGUGUCACUGAGAGUGCUGUGUGUUUCUGAAAGCUGUUGACAACCUUCAGGUUCUAAUUAAGACCAAUUUUUUUACAAUGAUCAACAACUAAUUAGAUGGAUAUAUCUGAAAGGAAAUUGCUGAAUAUGAGAAGUGUAAUAUUUCAAGAGCAGGAUUUUGCCAAUAUUGCUGUGCACACCCCACCACAGCAUCUCAGCUUGGUGGGUUUGCCCUUGGUGGCACUCGGGGCAGUGUGCUGCUUCCUGUGCUCAGUGUCAUCUCAAAUGUGAUGGUGGUUCUGGGUGUGUGAUCUGGAUAAAGAAAGUUUAUGGAUUCCUCAUUAGUCAUGUUUACUUCAUAGUUAUUUGAAGAUUUUUAUUAUUAGGUAUUUUGAAAGAAGUAAGAGGAAAACGUCUGGAAAUCAGAAUUAUGGGUUUUACCAAAUACAAUUAUUUAGAAAUGUGUGAUAUAUAGACCUGUACCUGAAUAUAUUUGUAGAGGGAUAUGUGCUACUUGUGAACCUUUCUAAGGUAUGAUUUAAGAGAAAAUCACUUACUUGAAAAACUGCAAGUAGAACCUCGAUUGAGAUGCCAGUUGGGAAGUUAUUUAGAAUAUUUUCCUUUGUUGCUCACAAAGGUUUUAUUUGAUAGAGCUUUAUAAAAAGCCAGAAAAGUAAAUCUUAUUUCACUGCUAUUCAAAUAAAAGAUUAAAAUUAUUGUAACUGAGAAAUAAUUAAUACAUACUCCACAGUCCUAACCAGGUGAGGACUCAAUGUUUUGAUCGGUUGCAGUGUAACUUUAUAAAAUAAUGCUGUUCUUGAGACACAUCUCUCUCCACUGUCUCCUUUCAAUGCACGAGGUAUCAUCUUGACACAGUUUUCAUAUCUCCUUUUAUUUCCUUUUUCCCAUUGUUGGAUUGCAAACUUUCAGCAAACUGACUUUUUUUCUUAUCUAAAUGCUCACUUUAUAUUUCAUUCUUGGUGUGUGAUUUUUCAUGAACUUUUUUUGUUAAUUACUCACUUAGUAAAUUAGAUUAUCUUUGCUUUCCCUGCAGUUUUAUACCUUUUUGUAGAAAGAUGUGCACACUUUUUCAAGGAGAAUGAUGAGCCCAAUUGAGAUGUCAAGUCAUUGCACAUCAGCUCUGCUCCUGUAGUGAAAAUUGCACCUUUGCCAUCGGCUGUCUCUUCAUCUGUGCUCCAUGAAAGCUGCCUUUGUCCCAGCAGUGCCUGUCCUGCACUGAUGCAGACCAGGCUCCUGCUGAGCUGCUGUUCAUUUCACAACUUUGCUGUUGCUCCUCUCUUUUACUCAGACCCUUGUCUGAGCCACAGUUCAGACCAGCCAGGCCAUUGCACUCUGGUUAUUCCACAUUUCUCUGCAUCCUGCCUUCAUACUGUGCUCUCCUUUAGUACCAAACUGAUUCUCAGAUCAUGCAUCAGCUUUCCUUUUAUACCAAGCUGUGUGUUUGUGAGUGCCAAAGCAUAUUCUGCAGAAGAUGAGUGCAGCCCAGUUUUGUUCCUGUUUUGAUUUUUUAGUGCAUAUUUUUCAUUGUGUACUUUGGUCCAUUCUGUCUGGUCCAUACACCUGCCAAGAGAUUUUUAAUACCAUGAGCGAAAUGUCAGUCAGCUUUUGUCACAGAUUUCUUCAAUCCAGGUACGGAAAUUCUUUUUUAAAAAACCAUACCAGAUUUUUAAUCCAUUUUUUCAUAUUGAAGACCAGGUAAUUUAGUUUUUUUCCGACAGUGUAGAGAUAUGUCUUUUCCAAGAUCAAGAUAUUUAAACAGAUUCCAUCUUCCUAUCUCCACGCUUUUGGGCCAACAGCUCUGGAUGCUUUAUAACUCUAGACAAGUUGCAGUUUCUGCUGCCAUAUUCAUGGCAGAUUGCACAUUCUGUUCUUGUGGGACAGAUCCAGCAAUUUUUGUUUCGCUGCAUUUUUUCAUAACUGAAAGGGGACCAUUUUUUUAUGCUGAUUCCUCUCAUGUUCCAGACAUCAGUAAAGACUGUUUAACUUAUUCUUCAAUUUCUUUGGAGUACAGAUAAUGGUAUCUCUUGCUGUGUCAAGAGGAUGUAAACCUUUAGUGAGAAACUUCGUGAUUUAUGGAGGCAACGUGCCCUUUUCUGUGUUCUAUUCUUUGGUUUCAGUCUGUCUAGGUUUUACUAUUUGAUUUGUCUUUUCAACAGCACAAACUCACCUGACUUAUAUCUGCUUUCAGCUGUAUUGAUUCCUUACCACAAAUUAAAUUUAGGCAGGAGUUUCACACUUUCUUUCAGUGGUUGUGCACUCACCUCCUCUCCAUCCUCCACUCACUGCCACUUGCUCCUUUCUGUCACUUCUGGGCAUCCAUGAGAGCAAUCUGCUUCUGUCUUUUAUCAUGGUUUAUCUGUAAGUGGGGCAGGUAUCUUAACUUGAUUGCAGCUCUUUCUUCAGUUAAGUUAGACCUACUUUUCUUACUUCAUGUAUACCAGUAGAAAUGGCCUUAAAAUUAACUUAGGACUUAAAAUACUUUUAAAAGCAUAAGUCUGAAUUUCUGCUUUGUUUAGGAUGUUUUAUAUCAGCUGUCAAGCCAUCAGUGAGUAAUGUGACUACAAUCAGGUUUUUCCAAGCAGGUCUUAUUCUUUGUUUUCAUUUUGUAGCUCAGGGUAGAAUAUUUCUAAAUUAUGAUUCUGCUAGGAAUUAGAAUAAUGAGGAUUUCACAUUUCAUAUUAAAAUGCAUGCAUACAUGAAAAUCAGGAUGUUCAGGGCUGUCAGUCUUUUCAGAGGGAUCUUGUCACAGGUUCCUGUUACCUAAGGUGUGAAUUUCACAAAUACUCAGAGCUUAUACUUGAUAUUUUACUGACCCAGGCCUGCCCUCAAAGCUGUCUUAUUUUAAACUAUUGAAAUCUUGGUCCAAACGAUGGAUUAUUUCCCUGUACAUGAAAUGGAAACCUAGCUGAAAAAAUCUUGUCUAGAAGCUGUAAGAAUGGCUUAAAAUAUUUUUCUUUAAAAAUAAAUUCUUUUUCUCACUUGAAUUGUGCUCUCUUGCCUAUGUGAAAAGUCUUUCAUUUUGAAUGCAGGGUAAAUUUUAGGGGGAAAAAAAACUACUUAAAGUUAGGCUUCAAUGUUUUUAUUGGGGCACUUAGCAUAAUUUUCAAAACAUUCAAAAAUAAUAAUUUAUUUUUACAAUUUAAGAAAUUUAUUUACCAUGCAAAUAAAUAUUUAAGAGCUAUACUUAAGGUAUCAAUUCUUAAAAUUUGGUUGUUGUUGUUACCUGUCUUUCUAAUUUAACGUUCUUGUGAUGUGUGUUUGAAUAAAUUCUCUUGUGUAUCAUA